CCAGACGCCCCUCACACGAUAGACAUUAUUUUCGUCCAUGGACUGGGUGGAACGAGCAAGCAGACAUGGUCCAAGAACAAGGAUCCGAAUCUGUUCUGGCCGAAGGAAUGGCUGCCGCUCGAGCCAGACAUAUCUACCGCGCGUGUGCUGUCCUUCGGGUACAAUGCACACUUCGCUGCCCCGGGCAAAAGCAUCUUGAACAUAUCGGACUUCGCUCGAGAGCUCCUGUUUGCAAUGAAGUUCGGGACAGAUGAGCAGUCGAAGGCUUUGGACAUUGGCCAUGUUCCCAUCAUAUUUGUCGUGCGCUCGAUGGGAGGACUCGUAGUUAAGAAGGCAUUCAUAUUGGGGCAAAAUGACGCACAGUUCAAGGACAUCAUCCAGUCUAUAUCCGGAAUCAUAUUUCUGGGCACGCCACAUCGCGGGAGCAACCUCGCUCAGGUACUCAAUAGAGUGCUGCAAGCUUCGGUCUUUAACCACUCUGCGAAGGAAUACAUCACUGAGCUUCAACGCAACUCCUCCACACUCCAGGAUAUCAACGACCAAUUUAGAAAUUUCGCGGCAGACCUCAGCAUUGUGUCUUUUUUCGAAACCAGGCCGACUGCAGUUGGCCCGAGAAAAAUGAUGAUAGUGGAGAGGGACUCGGCUACCUUGGGGUAUGUGGGCGAGAUCACGAAGGCCCUGGAUGCCGAUCAUCAUGAUCUGUCCAAAUAUUUUAGUCGGGAGGACCCUAAAUAUAGAAGCUUUCUGGGCAACACAACACGCAUUCCACAAAUCCUAUGGGUUAAAGGACCACCCGGGGCUGGAAAAUCGGUGCUUUCUGCCUUCAUCGUCCAACACCUUCGCUCUAUCGAAGCUAAGUGUCAAUUUUACUUUUUCAGGCACGGUAACCCAGACACAAGAUCGGUCAGUGGACUGCUCAAAUCGCUCACAUUCCAACUCGCAUCUCAGCUUCCGGAUUAUCGUCACCGUCUGACAGGCCUGGCUGAAACCGGGUUCAGUGCGCAAAAGGUCGAGAGCCGAGUAUUAUGGCAAAAACUGUUUGUUCAAAUGCUUUUUGAAAUGGACGUUUCGUUUCCCCUUUUCUGGGUCAUCGAUGGCCUGGACGAAGCCGAAUCACCACAGGUGUUUCUGAAUUUUUUGGUGGCGCUUUCGAACUCAGACCUGCCACUCCGCCUCAUUGUCAUGAGUCGAGAGACCCAACCCCUUACCGCAUCCAUUCAUCGACUUACAGCGACGAUAAAUGUUCAAAAGAUACCGCUAGAUGCUUCUGUUCAGGAUGUACGACUCUACAUUGAGCAAGAGAUUGAGUUAGUGCACGCUCCAUGCGAGCUUAAAGCUCAGAUAUCCAACACCAUCAUGACAAUGGCGGCUGGUAAUUUCCUUUGGGUGCACCUCGUGCUGAAGGAAAUUAUGAUUUGCAUCUCAGAAGUCGACAUCGAAAGGGCGUUGAAGGGUCUCCCGCCAGAGCUGGAGCCGCUCUAUGCUCGGAUCGAUGAGAGUGUCGCAGGCCAGAUUCGAGCUGGUGAUUUGAAUUUGGCCAAGACAAUCCUCGCUUGGGUCAUAUGUUCGCGCCGGCCACUUGUGCUUGAAGAACUGUCACGAGCUUUGCAUCCUGAGUAUCGACCCAUUGAUCUCUCCCACACAGUCAAACGGGUCUGUGGGGAGUUCAUCCGCAUCACUUCCAAAGGAAACGUCACAAUGAUCCACGACACCGCUCGCGAAUAUCUGACUAAGACACCAGAAGCUCAUUUGCACAUCUCCACGCCUGAGGCACAUUCUGCAAUUUUUCGGAAAUGCAUAUCAAAUCUUCUGACUACAAGCCCAAGGAUCAGAGCCAACUUCGCUGACUCUCAGCCGUUUUUACUCUACACUGCAACGUCUUGGCCUUACCAUCUGGAUUUCAGCACGGCAUAUUGCGAUAGAGUCGCCCUGGUCCAAUUGGAAAAGUUCCUCCUUUCUCGCUCCGUCUUGGCAUGGAUCGAAUGCCUGGCAAUUGUUGGCGAGCUUCGGGUGCUGGUUCAUGCAUCAGAAGCCUUGACAAGGUUGCUUGAGAAGAGUUUUGUUGUAGUUGACUCGGAACAAAGCCGACCGGCACAACAGCUGCAGGGAAAGGAUCUCCUGAAGCAAUGGGCGGUUGACUUAAUGAAGAUCGUGGGCAAAUUUGGGUCGCAUCUCGCAGCGUAUCCAAGAUCGAUAUACAAACUUAUCCCUUCUUUCUGCCCUCACGACUCCAUUCUGCGCCGGUGCUUUGCUCAAUGGGAUCGGAACACACCCGGUUCAACACUGCGGCUUUCUGGCUUUUCCAACAAGUCGUGGGACGACAACCUUGCCACUUUCUCCGUCCGCCAUGAUUCCCAACCCAUUGUCGUCAGAGCACUGGACAACCAUUUCGCAAUACUGAUCGCGGACGGAAUGGUGAUUUUGUAUCAUGCUCUGACUUUUCAGGAGUGGGACGAUGUGGUUGGAGAGGCACAUUUCCGCGACUAUCACCACAAUUCUCCGAAGAGUGCUUCAUUCAACCAAGGGGGAACGCAGGUUGCACUUGCAUACAGAGGGUUCCCGUUGUGCGUAUGGGACGUCGACUUCCCUGGCUUCGUGGGCAGAUGCGAGAGGCCCGGUCAUGGUGGUGAGCUGAUCUGGACAGAAGUCGACAAGGUAGGGUGGAACCCAAUCACUGGGCACGUCUUUGGCACGUAUACAGACAGCCAUCUCUUCAAGUGGCAUCCGAUCGAUCACGACUAUCACGAACUCAGUGUUCCAGCCCUGAACAUUGCGUGUAGCCGAGAUGGCAACCUUCUCCUAACCACCAGUGGCGACGGCACCCUGCGAGUUUGGAACUUUCAUCAGUUCGCCAUGAUAUACCAGUUGUCGUGUAAUACACCGAUGACGGACAUAUCCUUUGACCCAGAGGGUCGAAGAAUUUACGACUUGCGGGACUCUUAUUGCAACGUCUGGGAGCCAAACUGCCUUGUCAAGUACGCGGAGACCGACGGUGGGGCGACCGAAACCUCCAGCUUCGAGCGAAUCACAGGAAAUAGUUCGAUGGUAUCCGAGAUGUCUUCAGAAAUGCUCGAGCCCAUCACCGCUCUCGCACUGAACAGAGUAAGCUCAGCAUAUUGUGCAGGCAAUGAUGGAGGCCUGGUGACAUUCUCGGCUGCUGGCUCAGAGGAGCCUGUUGAGCUCUGCCAGGGAUUCAUGUCUGUGGAACACAUCGUGUGGAGUGCAGAUGGGAAGAGUCUCGCAACUAGCGAUCUCAGUGCUAGGGUGACGGUGAAAGUGUUUGAGGGGCCUUCCAUGCCGACAGCGAGGACCGUAUUGCAGACUUCGCCGCAUGAUGGAAUCCAGCAGAUACUUCUCAGCCCGUCGGGAAGUCAUUUACUAGUAUACACGCGACAGUCUGCGCAGCUGUGGUCUGUGGAUACCAAAAGCGUGGUCGCAAGUGUUCCGCGCCCGAACAGGUUCAUCCGGUGGGUCGACCACGACCAGCCCGACCUUCUUCUGUGUUUCGGGUUCAGCGACGUCCGGCUGUUUAGAUGGAACAACCUUGAGGAGAUAAACUCAUUUUCGAUCAACCGGUCAUUGGUCGACGACGAACACCAAUCUCCGGUCGGCGACCGACCAGGUCCGUUCAGGCUGGACUCACUUGACUGGGUGCUCGAAGCGAGUGAUGUCGACAGCUCUGUUGACAAGAUAUUCCGGACACCUGAUGGAUCUGCGUUGCUGGUUCAGACCUCGCAGGUGUGUGAUCACCACAGACGGCGUAAGCAAUUCAUGGUCUUGAAAAUGAAUGCGCUCGCCGCGGACAACCCAGUGAAUGAAAUCACUGCAUCACCCCUCCCACUGCAUAUGCGAGAACGAAUCGAGAUACCCCUAGGUUUCUUGGGAAGCCAGGGUAUCCAAGGGGUUGGAAUGUUCUCGCACGGUCAUCCCGAGGCUCCAGUACUUGCAUUUCUCGACAAGGACUUCUGGGUCUGUACCGGGCUGCUUAACAACCAGGGCGAGGUGCAUGUCAAGAAGUUCUUUUUCUUGCCGAGAGACUGGCUCAACAUCGAGUCGUUGGAGCUGGCAGCGGUUACUAGAGAAGGUGUUUUGAUAUGCCCGAGGAACGGUGAGAUCGGGGUAGUCACAGGUGGUCUUAAGGAUGAGUGGAUAGAGUAA